CCCCCCCCCCCUCCGAGGGUCGCGUCGCAAAAAAAUGUUCCAUGACCAUAUUCCACCUCCAUGAAAUUCGUAGGGUGGCAAGUUGUCGGGGAAGUGGACUUUUCGCCACCCGCUAGCAAGCAGUGUCGUGUGGGUUGCAAGUGAGUGUGGAAGAAGCCGAGCUCGCCCACAGCACCACCAGCGAGUACAGCACAUCCCACAUAGUCGCGCGACACUCAGCAACAACAAUGGCCAAGCGUAGUCUGUGGCGGUAGGAGCUCUGUCUCGCUCUCUCGUCGGAGUCCUCCCUUCCCCGCUUUCACUCGAUUUUUGGACUCGGCGGCGGCGAAAAAUCCACCCGUAGAGACUGGCGCUGGUGUUUUAUUUUUUUGUUUGAUAUCACUCAUCCCACAAUGUUCGAGGCGAGCCCACACGGACCGUGCGUGUGUGUCCCCGCUGCUGCUUCUUCUUCUUGGCCGCUGGGUUGCGGCUACUAACCUAGCUGCUUUUCACUCGGUGCUUAGCUAACGCUUUUAGCCCCCCCACACGCCCACCCCCGUCGUUUUUUUUUAAACAACACGCCAAUGUUUUAGGGUAUUUACGUGAACUGCUUCAUGACAACAACUGUUGCCAACUACCUACUAUUCGUCAAAGAAGCGUGCGUGUAUGUUUGUCGCGGAAACUAGUUUGCGGGCUAGCUAACAGGCUAGCUAUUUGUGUGCGUGUGUGUGCGCGCGUGCGUGUGUGCGUGUAUUCGCGUAAAGGAAGGAAAACGGCGAGUUUCCUUUUUAACAAAGUAUGGAUGACCAGACCAGGAUGCUGACGGGUCUCACCGGACUUGGUGGACUACAGCCAGGCGACGUGGGCGACCCGGACUCUGUUCGGAAACAGCAGUCCCUCGGCCAGCCCCAACAAGACAUCGGGGAUAUCCUACAGCAAAUAAUGGCCAUCACCGACGAGAGCCUGGACGAAGCACAGGCCAGAUGCUGGCCAGAAGAUUCGCCGGCGCAUUGGGGUGGAUCAGACGACCCCACAGAGGGAGGGAGAGCAGGGGGGGGCACGGCAGGGGGUGGCCUGCCAGUCAACUUCCAGUACAGGAAGCAUGCCCUUAACUGUCACCGAAUGAAGCCAGCCCUGUUCAGUGUUCUCUGUGAGAUCAAAGAGAAGACAGUUUUAAGUAUACGAGGCGUGCAGGAGGAAGACCCCCCAGAUCCGCAGAUCAUGCGUCUGGACAACAUGCUACUGGCAGAAGGCGUGUCCGGGCCAGAGAAAGGCGGCGGGUCUGCCGCCGCGGCGGCCGCGGCGGCUGCGGCGGGCGGCUCGCCCACGGACAGCAGCAUCGAACACUCUGACUACAGAGCCAAACUCGCCCAGAUUCGCCAGAUAUACCACUCGGAGCUGGAGAAGUAUGAACAGGCAUGCAGCGAGUUCACCAACCAUGUAAUGAACCUGCUGAGAGAGCAGUCUCGAACACGGCCCAUCUCGCCCAAGGAGAUCGAGCGCAUGGUGGCCAUCAUCCACCGCAAGUUCAGCUCCAUCCAGAUGCAGCUCAAGCAGAGCACCUGCGAGGCCGUCAUGAUCCUGCGCUCGCGCUUCCUUGAUGCCAGACGCAAGAGGCGCAACUUCAACAAGCAAGCGACAGAGGUGCUCAACGAGUAUUUCUACUCCCACUUGUCUAAUCCUUACCCAAGUGAGGAGGCGAAGGAGGAGCUGGCCAAAAAGUGCGGGAUCACAGUGUCUCAGGUCUCUAAUUGGUUCGGCAACAAGAGAAUACGUUACAAGAAGAACAUCGGCAAGUUCCAGGAGGAAGCCAACCUCUACGCAGUCAAGACAGCAGUGGACGCCGCCAACGUGUCGGCGCAAGCCAGCCAGGCCAACUCACCGGCGACACCCAACUCAGGUGGAUACCCUGCACCGUGCUACACACCUGACGGGCGGCUAUGAGGAGCUGUCAGGUAGUGGCCUCUACACCCCUCAUCGCCUGGAUGCUAACAGCUGGCAGGACCCCACCAACCCCCCCUCUGUCACCUCCCCUCCCGGAGCUCCCAGCAGCGUCCACUCAGACACCUCCAACUGAUCCGGGUGGCUUCCGCCUUCGGCCAUUUCCACUUUUGGGGUUGCCGGGGGGGAGGGCGGAGGGGCUGGGGCGGCGCCCUCUCUCACUCACCCCCAUCUUGGACUCAACGGGAUCAUGUCAUGAACACAACACACUGUGCUGGAACACAGGACAGCAGCGCAACUCUGGACUUUCCUACCACACCCGUGUCAUAAUGUUCACACAUACAUAUGUAUAUGCUCAUUAUCUUCCCACACAAACACAAACACAAACACACACACACACACACACACACACACACACACACACACGCUCGUGCUCUUCACCUGUGGCUUCGUUCAAUUGGUCGCCCUCCCCAGCAGGCUCUUACCAAAGCGCCGCCGCCCGGCUCGUCAUCGGCAUCACCGCGUUGCACUGUUAGCAUCCUUGUUAUGAGCGUGGAUAGCCGUGGCUAACCGGUUAGCAGACCAAGAAGAAGAGUGGAUGGAACUAAUCGCCCCUUUUUUUUUUUUUUUUUUGGUCAUUAGGUUUGCCUCCUUUUUUUUCUGUCUGCUAGUUUGUCUGAUUGUAGACCAUUUUGUGUGCGUGUGGUUUUGUUUUUUGGGUUUUUUUGGGUAAGAAUGCACCAGCCGCCACCAAAAAUCCCCACACGCUGCCAAUAGCUCAUCGGAGAGGGCGAGGGAGGAAAGGGGCUGGUGAUGGCGAGGGCAUCCAUCCGGAAUCUCGCAAAUCUCGUCUUCCAUGCAUGUUAGGGCUCGUUUUAGCCGCAUGUUGUCGUCUUCAUUCAGCCCCGCCCACUCUCACUUUUUACCUUGGUUUUUAAUUAAGAAAAACGGAGAGAAAGAAUUAAAAGGGUAGAACUAUUACAGUCAGACCAAAAAAAAAAACAAA